AUGCAGCCUGAUCGUGAUUGGCUGCCGUCCUCCCGCUUGCCCAGAUCCAGUACUAGCGAGACGCUAGACGAUCCGCCACAACCGCCGCAGGCGCGUUACCCGCGCCCAGCCCAGGCGCUAGCGCCACAGAUCACUCGCCAAGCGCCGGCGCUAGCGCGAGAGCCGGCCGGAGAUAGCAGCCCUGGGGCACUCCCUGGCGGCCCGAUACGCUUACGCGCAAGCCGACCAUCAAUUCUCGAGCGCGGCGUCUUCAACGAUCCUGCUCCACCGGCUGCACCCCAAUCCCUUCCUCCCGCAACACCACGAGCCAGAUACGUUAGUACUGGUGGUUACCGUGGAACUACACUCGCCGCUGGUAACGGCCCAAGCUUCAAUACCGCCGAACAGCACCCAAACCCUCUUUCUUCUAAUCCGACAAGACCAUUACCUCCUCGCCCACAGGCCUCGCGCCGUGGAGGUGCAGGAGUUGCCCAAGCACACCGCGAGAGCUUCGGUCACAGAACCUCAAUCUAUCGCAAUCAGGUUUCCAGCCAAGAUCCCGUUGACUCGGAUGAUGAGAGCGAAGCGUCAGACGAUACGAUCACGCCCGAAAGAUACAAGCAAAUUGUCCGCCGACAGAGGGACAGAGAAGUGUUAGAAGCGUACAAUCGCGAAGCCAGAGAUCUCCUCGACCAGCUGCAUAGAGCCUCUGCAAUCUAG